GCAGAUAGAUUCCCUUCCUUUCCCACUGUCUUCCAGAGAAUCUUCUUUUGGUUUCAUAGGAAAUUUCCCAUAUUCCAUUAUGAUCUUUCUUUCUGGGAGGGUUAUUUUCAUUCUCUGUUUCUCAGACCUUUUCCUGUAGACGGGAACGAGGGAAGGAGCCCAGACGUGGCAACACAUUCUCAGGCUUCUGCAGGACCACCAUGGCUUAUGAUGACUCCAGGAAGAAAGAAGAGUUCCUAGAGAGCGGCCGAAGUGUUGAUGACGUGAGGCUGGCAGCUGGCAGGACACAGCGAGAGAGAAAACACUCUUAUGAGGAUCUACUGCAAGAGGAGAAGGAGAUAGCAGCUCAGGACGGCAAACUUGUUUUUCUGGGGACAGAACCUCACAAGAAGAAGCGAAAGCACUCCUCCGAUGAGUUCAACUACAGAGAUCUUUCGCCUUUGGAUCUACCAUCAAAGAAGAAGAAAAAAGCAGUUUCCAGCCCACCCUCUGCUGAUAAAAACAUGGAUCUACUCAAAGCUAUCACUUCACCUUUGGCCACCAGCUCAAAGUCUUCAAAGAAAACCUCUGAAAAACCAUCAUCUCAUUCUUCCUCUGGCCAUUCUGAAUGCAGAAAGGAGCAUCACAAGAAGAAGUUGAGUGGAAGCAGCGGGGAGCACUCAGUGGAUGAUGGCAGCUACCACAAAUCUAAAAAAAUGAAACCUCUCUAUGUGAACACAGAGACACUUACUCUCCGGGAACCUGAUGGCUUGAAGAUGAAGCUCAUCCUUUCACCAAAGGAGAAAGGAAGCAGUGCAGCAGACAAUGAGUCUUUACCCUACUCUUCAUCACCAGCAACUGUAAAGAAAUCUUCAAAGAAAUCAGCUCGAGAUGAGCAAGGCUCAUUGGUUCUGGGUCACGAGCUGCAGAGUUUCCUGAAGUCAGCCCGGAAGAAGCACAAGCCACCUCCAGACACACAUCCAUCUUCCGAGGGUAGUGGUGCUGACACCUCCCUUCUUUCAGAGGGCCGUGGAAGUGAAUAUGAUGCUUCAGGACUGGAAGCACCACCAGAAUCUGGUUCAUCUUCUGGUGGUGAGUUAGAGGCAGGAGAGCUAGUGAUAGAUGACUCCUACCGGGAAAUCAAGAAGAAGAAGAAGUCAAAAAAAAGUAAGAAGAAAAAAGAUAAGGAGAAACACAGAGAGAAGAAGCACUCUAAAUCUAGGAGGAGUUCUGGACACCCUGUGGCAGAAACUACAGUGUCACCACCACCACCUCCUACCAGUUCUCCUUAUGUUCUUCCUCCACCUCCUCCUGUUUUUCACUCAGAUGGACAGGGUGAGAAGAGGAGGAGAAAAGAAGAGAAGGAAAAAGAAAGAGCAGAGAAAUGGGAGAAGCCAAAGAAGAAGAACAUGUCUGCCUAUCAAGUAUUCUGUAAGGAAUAUCGUACAACUAUUGUGUCUGAUCACCCUGGGAUAGAUUUUGGAGAGCUGAGCAAAAAACUGGCAGAAGUAUGGAAGCAGCUACCUGAUAAGGAUAAACUGAUCUGGAAACAGAAAGCUCAGUACCUGCAGCACAAACAGAAUAAAGCAGAGGCCACCACUGUGAAGAGGAAGGCAUCAUCUUCAGAUGGUGCACCAAAAAUAAAAGCUUCUCCAACAGGUGCGCUUUCCCCUCAUAAGAAGUCCCCCACCAGCACCAUGGUGGUGCCUGCUUCGCCAGCCAAAGUUCCCGACACGGAUCCUAUUGAUGUCGCUGCGCACUUGCAGUUGCUGGGUGAAUCUCUCAGCCUCAUUGGUCACAGGCUACAGGAAACAGAGGGAAUGGUGGCUGUUUCAGGAAGUUUAUCUGUACUUCUAGAUUCAAUCAUCUGUGCUUUGGGCCCAUUGGCCUGUCUGACAACACAACUGCCUGAGUUGAAUGGCUGCCCUAAGCAAGUUUUGUCAAACACACUAGACAACAUCGCCUACAUCAUGCCUGGACUUUGACAGGAAGUGAUCCCGGGAUGUGCUCAGCCUCUGCAUAAGUGACUUGUGUGCAUAUGCACCAUGCCGACACUCUCGAAGGGCUCUGGGUGUAGGGUUUUAACAUUUUAUACCUGUAUAGUAUAUACAUAGGAUUGUAACAAUUUGACUUCUAUUAAUUUUAUGAAAAGUUGUGAAGUUAAGCUGAGAGUGC